GCGAUUAAUAUUGAAGACCGUGAUUCCAAUGCCACCACUUCAAAGCUGCAGAAUGCCGUCUACGAAAAAAAGAUUAACAGAACCCACAAAAGAUCGAAUAAUUGAUAAUAAUUUUUUAUGUCGCGUAUGUAAAGGAAAGCAUGCUCUUCGAGACUGUCGCAAUUUUUUAAGUAAACCGGUUGAUGGGCGAAUGCGUUUGGUUUUACUUCACGGUUACUGUCCCAAUUGUUUGGCCCAUAAGCAUUCUGCAGGCUCUUGUUUUACCAAAAAGGGCUGCAAAACCUGCGGAAGUAAUCAUCAUACAUUACUUCAUAUAAACGGUGAGCAAAGAUCUCCGAAAGCCAGUAAGAUUAAAGGAAGAUCUGCUAAUAAGAAAAAUGAUACCAGCAAGUCAGUCAUUCCAAAGUCAGUUUCCAUAACUUCAAUAACGACACCAAAUGGGGUUGCACUUUUCCCAACGACUGUGGUUACUGUUCAAGCCGAAGCAAACCAGACCCACGUAAGAGCUGUACUGGACACCUGUAGCUCCGUAAGCAAAAUUUCUAUGUCAUUGGUAGAGGAAUUGAAACUACCCACUAUAAAAUUUGGAAAUGACACUAUCUGUUCGGUUGUUAUUCGAUCUCGAAAAUCUCCUUACGUUACUAUUGAGGCAACCAUGGAAGUCAACAAUCGGAUGUCUUUGAAGAUCCCAGCCAGAGAAGUGAAUUCUGCGAUUAGGACUAGGCUGAAUAACAUUGUAUUGGCAGACCCAAAUUUUUUUAAGCCUAGCUCAGUGGCUAUUGUCUUUGGGGCAGAUUUAUAUUCAAAAAUUGUUUUACCUGGAUUGAUUCCAAGCCAUGAUGGCUUACCAGUAGCAAUGAACACUAUCUUCGGGUGGGUUUUAUCUGGGUCGUGCAAUACCUCUGAUGCAUCAUAAUUUUUGUCUUUCUGUUACGAAAUCGGCAAAGCCAAUUUACACAAUCUUGCUCCAAACCGAAAUAAGAUAGUUUCUCGAUUUUUUAGAAUCUUAAGACUUUAUCACUACAAUUUGGAACUAAUUGUAUGCAAACGUAUCACAUAUUUUAUAAUUUGAAUUAAAUAGAAUAAGAAUUGUAC